AUGGCAGCUCCGAAGAAAGUGUGUGUGAUCGGCUCUGGUAACUGGGGCUCUGCCAUUGCCAAGAUUGUUGGCGCCAACGCAGCCAAGUACGACCAGUUCGACACCACAGUGAACAUGUGGGUGUUCGAGGAGACGGUGAACGGACGUAAACUCACAGAAAUCAUCAACACAGACCACGAGAAUGUGAAGUACCUGCCCGGCCACAAGCUGCCGCCCAACGUGGUGGGUGUUCCAGAACUGGUGGAUUCGGUGAAAGGAGCCGACAUCCUGAUCUUUGUGAUCCCUCACCAGUUCAUCGUGAGAGUGUGCGACACCAUCAAAGAUCACAUCAAGAAGGACGCUGUGGGAAUGUCUCUCAUCAAGGGCAUCGAUUCCAGUCCGGAGGGUCUGAAGCUGAUCUCAGAGGUGAUCCGAGGGAAGCUGGGCAUCACCAUGUCCGUCCUCAUGGGAGCAAACAUCGCCAACGAGGUCGCUGAGGAGAAGUUCUGUGAAACAACCAUCGGGUGUAAAGACAAAACAUACGGGUCCAUGCUGAAGGAGCUGAUGCAGACCACCAACUUCCGUGUGACCGUGGUGGAGGAGUCGGAUGUAGUGGAGAUCUGUGGAGCUCUGAAGAACAUCGUGGCGGUCGGAGCAGGUUUCUGUGACGGUCUGGGCUUUGGCGACAACACCAAGGCAGCUGUGAUUCGUCUCGGCCUGAUGGAGAUGAUCGCCUUUGCUAAGUUCUUCUGCACGGCGUGCCCUGUCUCCCCCGCCACCUUCCUGGAGAGCUGCGGCAUCGCUGACCUCAUCACCACCUGCUAUGGGGGACGCAACCGCAAGAUCGGGGAGGCCUUCGCCAAAACAGGAAAAACCAUCGAGCAGCUGGAGAACGAGCUGCUGAACGGACAGAAGCUCCAAGGUCCAGCAACUGCGAUGGAGGUCCACGAAAUCCUGAAACAGAAAAACAUGGUUGACAAGUUCCCUCUGUUCACCGCUGUUUACCAGAUCUGCUUCAACAGCCACCCGGUCGCUGAGUUCAUCAAGUGUUUGCAGAACCACCCAGAGCACAAGUGA